AUGGGAAUCUGGAAUAACUAUGAAAAACACACUGAAAUAAUUGUGUUUGACUGGAGCAAAAUUCUUGCAAAGUCCCCAAGGAUGAGAUUCUGUGCCAAAUCAAUGCUUCUGUCUGACUGGCUCUUUCUGGUCUAUGUGUUAAUGGUCUGCUGUAAAUUGUUGUCCGCCUCUAGUCACCAUCCCCGGGGGCACACAGGCCAGCACCAAGUGAAGCAAGGGACGUGUGAAGUCGUGGCCGUGCACCGGUGCUGCAACAAGAACCGGAUCGAGGAGCGCUCCCAGACCGUGAAGUGCUCCUGCUUCCCGGGACAGGUGGCCGGGACCACGCGGGCUCAGCCCUCCUGCGUGGAAGCUUCCAUUGUCCUGCAGAAGUGGUGGUGUCACAUGAACCCCUGUUUGGAUGGAGAGGACUGUAAAGUGCUACCAGACUAUUCAGGUUGGUCUUGCAGCAGUGGAAAUAAAGUCAAAACCACAAAGGCAAGUACAGAGAUCACCUAUAUUUAA